AUGGACCUGGUGUUUGAUAAAGAGUGGAAAAGCGAAGGCCAGGGGAAGGGAGAUCGGAAGCAGGCASGGUCCCCUCUCCCUSCAGCGGCCGGGGAUGCUGCGCUCCCCCGGGGGUACAUUCCCCAGUGCCGUUUGAGGCUGCUCAGCUCCAUAAAUGCCAUUUGCAUGGGGAUAGGAUGCAACAAGAGCUGCCCCUUUCUCCGUGGAGUGGUUGUCCCAGAGCAGCCAAGCUGUCAAGAGCCCCGCCGAGGGCUCUCCACACCGAGCAUCCUCCGCGGAUCACCGGCUCGGCUCCAGCCCCAGCCCCGGCCCGAGCGAGCGGAGCCGGGARCAGCCCGCGGGCCCGCGGGACGGGAGAGGCGGCAGGAGCAGGGAUCGCGUGGCAGCCACUCCCGCCGCAGGUACCGCUGCCACCGGGACAUCCUGGGGCUCCUGCGMGGGGCGGGGGGCCGGGGACACCCCCGGGGACGGGAAGGCUCACUGCGGGGUGGUGGCAGCUCGGGGGUGGAGGAGGCGGACGGUUUCCCACCCGGUUCCCGGAGCCUGGCUGACMCUUUUCUCCCUGUCCCUGUUCCAGGAGCAGGCGGGAGGCCGUCGGGAGCGGGACAGCCCGUGCCGGAGGAGGGCCCCGAGUGCCCGGGCCCCGAGGAGCCGUGCGGGCGCGGCGGGCGGCGGCUGCGCACGGCGUUCAGCGCGGAGCAGAUCAGCACCCUGGAGAGCUCCUUCCAGCGGCAGCAGUACCUGGGCGCCGCCGAGCGCCGGCAGCUGGCGGGCAGGAUGCGCCUCUCCGAGGUGCAGAUCAAGACCUGGUUUCAGAACCGCCGGAUGAAGCUCAAGCGGCAGCUGCAGGAGUUGAGGACGGAGCCGUUCUGCAGCCCCGCUCUCCCGUACGGAGCUCAGAGCGCUGUGGUGCCCCUGCCGCUCACAUACGUGGCCCGGCCACCACCUCUGCCCCCGCAAGGGGCUGCCCCCGAGAGCUUCCCCUUGGCGGCACUGCCGGCACCCGCCCUGGACCUCAGCAGCGCCUGCAGAGCACAGCCAGUUGGCUUUUGGGCAGCACCCUGCUUUGUAGGGUACAGGGAUCCCCGAGCUUUCUUGCUGGGUGUCUGACCCUCUGAUAUGGACUAUGACCAAAGAGGAUUUGCACUACUGAUAGAUAUCUGGCUGCCCCUGUCUGUAGCUGCCUGAUGGAGUUAUGAUGCAGCACCGAUGUAAACAUUUACAAAGARAUGCUGGACAAUCUGAAGCAUGGACUGCAGGCCCUCGGCAUUUAUAAGCAACUGUAAAAUAUAAAAGGGGUGGGACAGACAAUAAUAUAAAUGGAUUUUUUAAUAAACCUAUUUUUUUCCAGCUUUCAUGAGAAUUCCUUUAUCGAGGAUUGUAGAGCUAUUUAUCCUGCCUGAAAGAAAGCUCCACUUUAUUAAAAGAAGCUUAGACUCCUUCUUACCUAGAUUUAUAUUACCCCCCUGCAAUUUACUUUGAGAGUGAAUGCAAAAAGGCAUGAAUUGCACUCUGUCUUCUAAAGCAGGUAUCCAACCCCUUUGGCCACUUACUAGAUGAAAUUUUCUGUCGUGGAACUGUGCUAUGCACUUGUAAAAUCUUAAUAAUGAUCUAGAAACUAAUGAUCAAAAUUGCCUGMUUUCAGGCCAGAAAAAAGGCUCUGAUAAAUGAUCCUUGAUUGGUGCAAGUUGACAUAAAUCUUUCAAAGUCAAUUGUCAACUAACAUGAA